AUGAAUUGCAAACUAGUGACUACAGCCUUGAUACUUUUGUUGGGCUUUUCGCGGUUGUCUUUGCAGCCUAUAACUUCUGUCAUCUCUGAUUGUGAUGAGACCUUCAAUUAUUGGGAACCACUGAAUUUGUUGGUCAGAGGGUUUGGAAAGCAGACAUGGGAAUACUCUCCUGAGUAUUCAAUCAGGUCUUGGGCGUUUUUGUUGCCCAUUUGGGGAUUUCUCUACCCACUGAACAAACUGGUGAACUUCGAUGCCGAUUGGAAUUUCUACGUUACAAGAGGACUACUAGGGUUGGGAAGUUUUUUGUUGGAGUGUAACUUGCACCGAGAAAUUGCCAACACUCUUUCUUUGAAAGUUGCUAAUUUAUGGCUUAUCUUUCAGCUGUUUAGCCCUGGAUGGUUCCACUCAUCGGUUGAGCUGCUACCUUCAUCAGUCGCUAUGCUUCUCUACCUGGGUUCAAUCAAGUAUGCGUUACGUUAUCUAUCGAGACACUCAACAUCAAGUUUCUUGGCAAGUCUUGCCUUCAAUGUAAUCGCGGGUGUUGUGGGUUGGCCGUUCGUGCUCGUGUUGAGUCUCCCAUUGUGCUUCCACUACUUGUGCACACACAGGCUCAUUGUGACCAUGCGCACUGCUUUUGAUUCCGCAGUGAUCAUAGCAUUGAUAACCGCUGUUGUGUUUGCCAUAGAUUCUAUAUUCUAUGGUAAAUUUGCUCCUGUGUCAUGGAACAUCUUUUGGUAUAAUGUGAUUAAUGCUGAUGCAGAAUCUGGUCCAAACAUCUUUGGUGUCGAAUCGUGGUCUUACUACCUGUUCAACAUGUUUUUGAACUUUCCUCUACCUGUACUAAUGUUGUCAGUCAUUGGACUAUUCCAUCUACGUCUAUGGCCCUUGUGGAGUUCUUUACUGCUGUGGAUCAGUGUCUUUAUUGCUCAGCCUCACAAGGAAGAGAGAUUUUUGUAUCCAGUGUAUGCUUUAGUCACAUUGAGUGCCAGUGUUGGGUUCAACAAUCUGCUGCAACUUUUUAACCGCUCCAAAUCAAUGCAGAGGUUGAUCAAGUUUGCUACUAUAUCCACAGUGGUAAUAAUCGGUGCUUCUCGUAUCACAGCGCUGUUGGUAAAUUACAGCGCUCCAUUGACAGUUUACUCUGAAUUACAUUUGUCCAAUUCUACUAGCGACCAUACGGUAAACGUUUGUACUGGCCGUGAAUGGUACCACUUCCCAAACUCAUUCUUUCUACCUGACAACCACCGGUUGAGAUUCACUGCAUCUGGGUUUGACGGGUUGCUACCUGGGGAUUUCCCAGAGGAUGGCUCCUUAUUCUCCAAGAUCAGGCAAGUGCCCGAGGGGAUGAACAAGAAGAAUAUCUUUGAUAAGGGCAAACUUUGGCCAGCAGAUAAUUGCGAUUACUAUGUUGACAUAAUGAUCCCAACCGAUAACUCAAAGGAUCACUAUAACCCACAUAUCAUGCCCCGUGAUUGGCACAAACUCAGAUGUGCUCACUUCAUCGACGUUGAACAUUCAAAAAUUUUGGGUAGAGCCUUCUACAUUCCCUCAGUGAUUUCAGAUUUCUUACAAUCGCACUUCCCCAAGUAUUGGAACAAAGUAUAUGGCGCUCAAAAAGUUGAUUACUGCUUGUUCGAGAAGACUCAUACAUCUCAGACUGUUUAG